AUGCCCUUCUGUGCUCUCCUCCAAAAAUGUCCACUGGGAAUCCAAAAGUAUCAAGCUCGCCAUAGUGCUCCUAUGAUAGACUUGUCAUCACUCGACGGUCCGCCUAUUCUCGAUACGAGAAACAUUAUCUCAUCGGGUCCAGUCGACUUCUCAUCCUUGGAUGGUGGUCCCUUCAUCGCCAAUUCAGCGACCUGCCUUCCACCAAACCCUACCGUCUCUUGUACUCACGAAGGGCCGCCUACGCCGCAAACCGAAGCACAGUAUCAUCUGCUUUCAAAGCCUCCCCCCCCAAGGCCAGCCUCCACAGAUUCCAUGCCAUCACGACAACGUCCCAGAGCCGUCAGGCGAAGAUCUAGUGUCGAUGAUGACGCAUCGACGAACACCAACCUCAGACGUGCCCCAGCUCGACGAGGCCGAGUGAGCCCUAGCGAUGAAAACACUUUGACAGAAGCGCAUGGGAAUGACGAUGAUACCCGCCCUACACUUCGACUCUUAACAAACCCGACCGCUCCUCCCCCAAAACGGUCACACACCUGUGAUCCUCUUGUCUGGCUGGGAGAAGAGGGCCUGUGGGAGGUACCUCGCCGCUGGCCGUCACGGGCGCCCGGUCCAUCUCAAAGUAGUCCACCAAGUUGCAGUCAAUACCCUCGCAGGCGAUCAUCUGUUUCAACUGUGUUCAGUGCCAUUCCCGAUGGAUGGCCAAUAAAUAUGCAUCAUGGUUGGCCGCCACAUCAAUUCGACACAGUUCGGGUCCAUAUCGAUAGCGCUUUGGGCGAGUCUCCACCAUCAUACGAGAGUCACGCUUUCAGUCCCACCUAUGUGAUGCGAAUGCAAGAUGGGCCGUUGGUGGGAUGGAGUGCUGUCUCACGUCGUGUGCCCAAAGUGCCAGCUUAUUGA